AUGCCACCAGUCCGGAGACAAAAAUCAAAAGACUUAAAAGCGCAGGAAGAACGAAUUCAAUCAGCAAUUGAAGCUCUCCAAAAUGGCAAAUUGACUUCGGCACGGGAGGCAGCUCGCAAAUAUGACGUGCCUUCAACAACCUUACUCAACAGGAUGAACGGGGUUAAAAGCCGGUCUCAAACAUGGGCGAACGGCCAUAGACUGACCUUGGAAGAAGAGGAUUCGCUAGCCAGAUGGAUAAUAUCAGUGGCGGAACACGAAACUGCCCCCUCGCGGUCGCAGAUUGAAGCAAAGGCCAAUGCUUUUCUCGCCAACCGCACCACGCCAAAGGAGACCGUUGGUGAAAGUUGGGUAUACAACUACCUCAAAAGACACGAAGAGUUGAGACCAAUUUACCCCCAACGAAGAUAUUCUCGCCGGAUCUAUAACACAGUUAUCGGGAGUGCUAGUGCAGAAACUGGAUCACUCUCGAUCAACCCCAGUCGUGAAACAAGCCAGCCCGGCAGUCGACGCAACACUCGUUCGCCACCUACCACCCGCCCGGCUCAUGUGGAUGUUGAAUCAUUUGACAGCUUCAGGCAGUUGGAAAUGCUGCUUUGUACGUUUAAAGAACUGGUAAAGAAAAAGACUCGUGGAGAAAGCCCUUCUACGCAGGUUGUGAUAAAUAAGCUCAUUAAAGGGUGCGAAAUGAUCGUGGAAAGUGGUUAUGGUCUUGUCAAAGAGAUUCGGGACCUACGUGCUGCUCUUGCAGAGAUGAGUUAG